GUUAAUGAUGACGUAGUGGAAGGGGCGGGGCCUGCGCAACCUUUGAAUGUGACAACAAGGGAACAAUGUUCCACACAGGGUCCGUUUGAAACCUUUGAAACGAGCAGAGCUGAAGAGAGAAACUGCAGUUUGUCCACCAUGAGGAGGAGAAGCAGCCUCAUCAGCAGCAGGAGAAGCUCCACCAUCAGAAGACGGACUGAGAAUAAUCUGAACUUUGAUGAGUUUGGAUUCGCUCUGACUAAAAGAAAGGAGCAGAAACUUCAUCACCGAGCUCAUGAGUACAGCUAUCCUCAGCUGAGCCCAGUCAGAGUCAAAGAGCUGUGUGAGCUCCUCAGCUACUGGAAUGGAGCCAGCUUCAUCUGCAAAAGCCAGAUUGAGAGGUUCAUCAGGAUGGGUAUCCCUCCAAGCCUGCGUGGGAGAGUGUGGAGAUGUCUUCUCACCGCUGACAUCCAGAAAGAAACAAGUGAUUUCAACUACCAGAAGUGCUUGUCCAAGGUGCGAGGGCCCCUGGUGGACCUGGGGGUCAGUGAAUAUGGUAUCCUGUCUGCAAUUGCAACACUGAGUGAGACUCAAAACGAUCUGGGCUCCAACCAUCAGCAACAGUCCAGCUACCUUGAGACCAGCUACACCACGGACGACAUCACCGUCUUCAGACAGAUCGCCCUGGACUUACAGCGCUCCUUCCCGACCCACCGCUCUCUGAUGGGGGAGAGCCCAGAAGCCAUCGAGGGUCAGGCUAAACUCUUCAGGGUCCUCAUCGCGUAUGCUAAAUACAACCCACAGAUCGGAUACUGCCAAGGGAUGUCCUACAUAGCUGCCGUGCUGCUCAUGCAGCUGGAAGAGGAGGAGUCUUUCUGGGCUCUCACGGCCUUGCUGGACAAACCCAAAUACCUGGCUGAAAUGUUUGACAUCAGCCUCACCAAGGUCCAGCACCAGGUGAAGAUGUUUGACCAGCUUCUGAAACACAGGAAGCCACAACUCUACCAGCACAUGGAAUCAGCGGGAGUCUUAUCAAUCCACUUUGUGAUGCCAUGGUUCCUCACACUGUUCACUUCCUUGCCCUGCUGGGACUCUGUCCUGGCUGUUUGGGAUCUCAUCAUUCUGCAGGGCCUGCUGGCUGUGUUUCGUACUGCGCUGACCAUCAUUGAGCUGCUGGAGCCUAAACUGAUGGACCUGACUGAUGAGGCAGCAUUGUUACCCCUGCUGCUGAGAGUACCUGUUGAUGUGGCCAAGUACACCGUGCUGAUCCCUGCCCUGUGGAAUACUGAGGUUCAAGACUGGGAGCUGAAGUGUAUGAACAGUCUGGUGCUGGAUGAGAGCCACCAUGGACCCAAAGAAGAAAAGUGUGAGACUGAAAAUAUAACACUCCCAUUACAAGAGAAUGGAGGGAAAGGCAAAGAAAAUGUACCAGCACUUCCAGAAGGAGAAAAGAAGACUGAAGAAGACUCGGGUGCUGGAGUUAAAAGGGUUCUGUCCCGUGUCAUGCAUCUGGCCCAGCGGUAUCUGUUGAACCCCAUGAGUAGGCAGGGGGUCAAAGAAAAGAGUUCUCAAACACAAGCCAAGCCCAAACAACGCAGCCCUGCAAGAGUGUUCAGAUCUCGGACUUCAGCUUCGCUAUCGAGAGUUCAGGUGACGGAUAGUAGAGAUGCAGAAGGAGAUACAGGAGGAGAGGCUGGAGGAGGGAGAGCGGGAGAGGCUGGAGGAGAUGGAGGAGAAGAGGCUGGAGGAGGUAGAGGAGGAGAAGCUAGAGGAGAUGUAGGAGGAUGUAGAGGAGGAGGUAGAGGAGGAGAAGCUAGAGGAGAUGUAGGAGGAUGUAGAGGAGGAGAAGCUGGAGGUAGAGGAGGAGAGGCUGGAGGAGAUGUAGGAGGAGAGGCUGGAGGAGGUGGAGGAGAAGCUGGAGGAGAUGUAGGAGAAGAAGCUGGAGGAGGUAGAGGAGGAGAAGCUGGAGGAGAUGUAGGAGGAGAGGCUGGAGGAGAUGUAGGAGGAGAGGCUGGAGGAGGUAGAGGAGGAGAAGCUGGAGGAGAUGUAGGAGGAUGUAGAGGAGGAGAAGCUGGAGGAGGUAGAGGAGGAGAAGCUGGAGGAGAUGUAGGAGAAGAGGCUGGAGGAGGUAGAGGAGGAGAAGCUGGAGGAGAUGUAGGAGGAUGUAGAGGAGGAGAAGCUGGAGGAGGUAGAGGAGGAGAAGCUGGAGGAGAUGUAGGAGGAGAAGCUGGAGGAGGUAGAGGAGAAGCUGGAGGAGAUGUAAGAGGAGAGGCUGGAGGCUCACAGACCAGGUCCAGGAGGCGCAGCCAGCAGAGAGGCAGAGCACAGCAGGCAGUAGCAGGAGGCAGCGGCGGUGAUCCUGCGGAGGCUCCUGAAACUGUGACUGAUAAAGCUGCUCAUGGGAAAGAUGACAGAGCCCUCAAGAGGACGGGGACCGGUCCCGUUGGACAGGUGACCCACUCUCGUAGCAAGCGUGGUCUACUCCAGCCCAGCAGAGUCAAAUCCCUCCGUGCUCUUCGAAGCAGCAAGACUCUGCAGAGCCAGACACCGACCUCCUCCACGACCAUCCCCUGUGCUUCAACCCCUCCUCAAUCUCCCUCCGUCCGGUCUCCAUCGUUCAGAUCAUCACAAAGAGAGGACCAGCACGACACGCCUAGGACAGCUCUCCUGAAGGAAUUGUCUUCCAGACAUCAGACCAGUUUCCCGUUCCAUGACACCAGAGAGUCCAAGCUGAUCUGACGGUGAAGAUGGGCUGUAGACAUGUUUAAUAAGGAUUAAUAAUAUUAAUGUAAUACAUGAACUCACUGGUUAGUCUGUAUAAAUCAGGCAGUUUGUUGAGUGACUCAUUAACAAUUAGACCUGUAAAAGCUGCAACAAAUGUCAUGAGGGGACUCCUCAUGUGAUACGUUUACGUGUGAUCCAUACCAGCAGGAAUCCAGCCAGCAGAUCAUCUUAAGUUGUUGCUUAUGUAAUGGAACUACAACAUCAGAUUUCUACUUGGAUAUAAUCCUCAUGAACAGAGAGUCUUUAUACUGCAGCUUGUUUACAGUGUACAGUGUUGUGUGUACACAUGAGCAUGCAGCCCAGACGUAUGUUUCUACUACUUUUAACUGUUAAUCUUUUGGUUCAUCCAAUGAUUCAACUUGUUCUUUUAAUUCUCUUACAGAUUUUGAACUAAUAAAGUAAUGAUAUUUUUUUUAA